AAGGACACGCUGGAAAUCAGCCAUCCGUGUCUUGUCAUCCAACAAAUCCGUAAUGUGGGGAGAUACCAUGACCCUAACACAGGCAUCACCUUCAUUAUCAGUGGAGAUCAGAGCAUCUUACGAGCUCGACCGAACGCUUGGCAAUGGCGAAGUCAUCGGAAAACUUCAAAUAUCGUGGAAUGAGUUACUCGAUCAUGGAGAUAAACCAUUCGAACUGUCCUUCCCACCCAUCCGCAGUAUCACUCCUUCGCUCACGCUGAAGGUCACUGUUGUACACGCUUGCGAUAACCAGGACGGCGCAAUAUUUGACUCUCUUGUAGACUGCAAGAUUGCUCGAGAGACAGAUGCGGGCCACGCACGAUAUGCCAAAUACAUGACCAGCAAGAAAGUCUCUCACCUGAACGAUGCUUUACGGCAUUUUCAGUUGGUUCUAGACCGCUGUCCGGUCGACCAUCCUGACCACGCAGCGGCUCUCACCAACCUCGCGUGGGCUCGCCUUCGAGGCUACAUUCAAAACGAUCUCCAAGACAUUGAUACCACCACUUCCUUCUUCCGCGAAGCCCUUGCAUUGCGUCCGCAGGGCCAUCCCGACCACAUAUUAUCUCUCUAUCAUCUCAUUUUCGCAUUGAACUGGCGCUACAGCAGGGAGCCCACCGCCGUCUUCAUUCUUGAAUGCCUGCAGCUGUGCUGCAAGCUAUUGCCCCUCUGUCCAGAGGGCACCUACCUUUGUAGCAUCGGCGUAGACAGUGCGGUCGAUUAUGUGAUCGGCGAAUGCAACAAUAUUCCGAUUGGUGCAUGUGACGAAGGCAUCCACCUUCGACGAGUCGUGCUCGAGUUCCGCCCUCUGGGUCAUCAACGCCGUCCCUUUACCCUCACCACUCUUGCACUCGCACUCAAAGCACGCUUUAGAGACUGCGGCAGCAUUGAUGAUCUAGAAGAGAGCAUACAACUUGGUCGUGAAGCCGUUUCUCUGUGCCCCGAGGGACAUUCUGUCCGAGGUACCUGCCUGAACAACUUGGCCUUCUCACUCCAAUCCCGCUUUGAUCACCAAGGCAAAUCCCAUGACCUCGACGAGGUCAUCUUCAUGCACGAAGAAGCGCUGCGCCUGCGUCCUGUUGGGCACAAAAAACGUGAUAUCUCAUUGGGCAACCUAGGGGGCGCCCUCCGCACCCGUUUCAACAAACACGGUGACGUUGAUGACAUCAAGCGAGCUGUCAGCCUCUUUCGCGAGGCACUGACGUUGCACCCACCUGGGCAUCCACGUCGUGACACCACGCUUAACAACCUUGCCCUCGCGCUCAAAGAGAGAUAUGACAAAUUGCAUGUCAUCGAGGAUCUUAACGAGGCCAUUGAUCUGUAUCGCAAAUCUCUUCUGUUGAAGCGGCUUGAUCAUCCAGGGCGCCAUAGCACUCUCAACAAUUUGGGCUCGGCGCUCUGCUCUCGUUUCACGCGAACUCGGAAGAAUGAGGAUGUCGAGGAGGCUAUUAGACUCUGCCAAGAGUCAUUAGCGGCUUUGCCACUGCUCCACCCUGACAGGCACUACUCAUACUUCAGGAUACGUGAGGCAUAUAUAUCUCGUUACCAGGUUCAACACAAGCCUGCUGAUUUGUCACUCGCAAUGGAGAACUUCCGGCUGGCAUCACGACACCCUACUCAAGGAUUUCCGAACCGUCUCGUUGAUGCAUAUAAUUGGACUGUCGCAGCGGAGCACCAUGGUGAUGGAUCCGCACUUGAGGCUUACUCAACAUUUUUUGAGCUUCUGGAUGCUCAUUUGGGAACACGAUCAUCAACCACUUCGCGGCGCGAAGCUGCCGCUGGCUUCCAUUAUGCCAGAUCAUUACCUGUGGAUGCAGCCUCAUGUGCCAUCCGCAGUGACAAUCUCCGACGUGCGGUCGAACUUGCGGAGCAGGGCCGUGGCCAGCAAUGGUCAUUGGCCUCCCGACUCAAGACUCCAGUUGAAGACCUCGAAUCGGGACAUCCACAUCUGGCCCGCAAAUUUUUGGAGCUGAGCAAGCGCAUUUCCAACGCUGCUCAGGGUUCUGCAGCCAUCACCGACAGAGCUGCUGCUGAUCGAGCAGCAACAGAGUAUAGGAGACUUACCAUGCAAUGGGAUGCUGCUGUGGCUGAAAUCCGUAAUCUCCAAGCUUUCUCGCGGUUCCUACUUCCACCUUCGUACACAGAGUUGCAAGCAGCAGCUCGCUAUGGACCAGUCAUCAUCUUCGUGGCGAGCAAAAACUCGUGCAGCGCCAUCAUUGUCCCGACGUCAGGAGAGCCCCAUAAUGUUCCCUUUCCAUCCAUCACUCGCGCAUAUAUGGAGGAUCUCAAGGAUCGGUUCGCCAGGGCGAUACUGCAAGCAUCGAAGAUGGGCCUAAAGCAGCAGCGCAAUGAUCUGAUUGUCCUCUUGCGGGAAGUAUGGAACAAUAUCAUGCUACCCGUCGUCAACUUACUUGAGCAUACCCUCGAAUUAAAGCGCCAGUCUCGAAUCUGGCUGUGUCCAACUGCGGCCUUCACAUCCAUUCCUCUUCACGCAGCUCACCCAUUUCGAACAAAGGCAGAUCGCUCUGGGAAGGAGCCGUGCCUGGAGGAUCUCUACAUCUGUUCUUACACGCCGACACUUUCGGCACUGAUCAGAUCUAGGCAGAUGAUGAAGAAACGCCGUGUGCCUCCAUCCUUUGUGGCGGUUGGGCAAGGUCAACCGGGUGGAGGGAAUGGCAAGGAGCUCUUAGCUGUCGAUAGCGAGCUAGAGCUUGUCAAUAAGCUCGUCCCCGCGACGGCCAAUCGUUCCACUGUUUCUGGCGUCGCAGCCACACGAGCAGGUGCACUCGAAGCCCUGGAACAGAACACCUGGGUGCAUCUCGCUUGUCACGGCAAACAGGACCACAAACAGCCUUACGAUUCUCAUUUCGUCAUGAAGGACGUACCUCUCACGCUGCUCGACAUCAUGGAGAAAGACAUCCCGCAUGCUGAAUUCGCGUUCUUAUCAGCGUGUCAUACCGCCGUCGGCGAUAAGGAGACGCCCGACGAAGUCAUCCAUCUUGCAGCUGGCCUUCAGUUUUCGGGGUUCAAGAGUGUUGUUGGCACGCUGUGGGAGGUCAAUGACGCUGUCGCAAAUCACGUUGUCAAAGCUUUCUAUGAGAAUAUGGUCAAGAAGUUGGGGGAUGGCGAGUUCAUGGACUGUACGAAGGCGGCUUGGGCACUAAACCGUGCUACUCACGCCGUGAAGUCGGAAGUGCCGCUCGAGCAGAGGAUGGUUUUCAUACAUAUUGGUGUGUAGUUCUACUAUAUCGUAUCGCUUCGUCUGGUACAUAUUCGCAAGUUGUUUAUCGGCGAUCUUCUUUCAUUCAUUUUUUUUGUAGAAAUAACCCUGAUACUCCUGCGCUCCUGUUAUCUCGCUUUCGUAUUCUUUUUCGUGUUAUCGUUCCAUAAAAUCUUCACCCAAGUCAUUUUGAACUCGAAUCGUUCCCAGCCUUGUCUUCUGCUCGAGUGCAUUAUACGAGGCACUUGAG